UUGCAAAUAUUGUCAGCGCAGACCAAGUUCUCUGCUCCAGGAGGAGCGCAGCCUCUCUUCCUAUUAUUAUUAUUAUUAUUUUUCUUAUUUCAGUUGCUAUGCAAUGACAUUUGCAUGAAACCUGGAGUACUUAUUCCGCCUCACCGGGGAUCUAUCUCUUUUGGAUUAUAUUUUUUUAUUCUAUAGAGAUAUAUGAUAGCGUUUUCUAUUUUUCUAGCAUAAAUCUAGAAAUAUUUAAUAUUUCCAGACGCCAUGGAUGUUCUACCUAUGUGCAGCAUUUUCCAGGAGCUUCAGAUUGUGCAUGACACUGGCUACUUCUCUGCCUUGCCAUCCUUGGAAGAGUAUUGGCAACAGACAUGCCUUGAGUUGGAGCGGUAUCUUCAAAGUGAACCUUGUUACGUGUCUGCGUCUGAGUUUAAGUUCGAUAGAGAAGAGGAACUUUGGACCAAAUUUAUUCUGGCGUGUGAGAAGAAAGAGGACCCUGACCCCAGUACUACGUGUGUUGUUCCUUCUGAGGACAUCAGUGACAGCCAGGCUUUGGAGACCAAUAGCUUGAACUCUGAUAACGGUAGCGAGUUAUCUGAUGGCUCAGAAGAACUUUCGCCUACUUCGAAAUUUACCUUGGAUCCCAUAGGUGAUGUUUUGGCCACAUCAGGAACUUUUAGCUCAUCUGUCACGUCUACCCCUCCAUCUUCCCCAGAGCAGAGUAAAGAAUCUCCCUCUCACUUGUGGAAUGCUAUAACCAAUGAGUUACAUUCACCAGGAAAGGUACGCUCUGGUUCCGUCGGAAAGACUGUUGAUCAAGGUAGUCCGACGAGCGGAGAGGCUUCACCUGAUGGCAGGAAACGUGUCCAUAAGUGUCAUUUCAACGGUUGCAAGAAGGUUUACACAAAGAGUUCACAUCUGAAAGCACAUCAACGUACCCACACAGGAGAAAAACCUUACAGAUGCUCCUGGGAGGGUUGUGAGUGGCGUUUUGCAAGAAGUGAUGAAUUAACCAGACACUUCCGAAAACACACUGGUGCCAAACCAUUUAAGUGCCCGCACUGUGACAGGUGUUUCUCUAGGUCUGAUCACCUGGCUCUUCACAUGAAGCGGCACCUCUGAAUGAGUCGAGAGGUCACGUUGUGAAUAAGCAACUUCAAGGUUGACCUGCCUUGUGCGAGGGAUGCGUGUUCCAGCCAAAGCAUGCCAAUUUGCACCCUAACCAGAUGCCUUCAAGACCUCACUUCUUUGAGGGUCUUUGUAGGGCUAACUAAGCGUGUGAGAUACGGCAUAGCAACCACCCAGUGCUACACCUGGCGUCUUCUGGACCCCGGCACUAGUGGUGGUGCUUUAUCUUCUGAACGGCUCGUCUAAGCCUUUCGCCGUGAGCAUGUGCACUGAGAAUGUUAAUGAUUGGUUGACUGAAUGAUGACAAGGAGCCAAUGUCUGUGUGCGGAGGAUUUUUAUUUUCGUAACGGUUGAGUACACUUGUGAGGGUUUAGAAAAUAAACGGUUUGAAUGUUAUUUUUGUUUCUGUAUGCUAUGGCAUACUAUAUUGGGACAGCCAUCGAUCAUUUACCUAAGGGGUCUAAGAGAAGAGGAAGGCAGAAGACCCCCCCAAAAAAACAAAAAAAAAAAUAAAAAGAUGGUCCCUUUCCUGUGCGAGAGGAGCUUUUGUUGUCUGGUGCAGCUAUUAAACGUGCAAUGUGUCAAGUAGCUUGUUUUUACUUGCUACAACGAUCAUUUGUAAUCCAUUGUAUAAGCUGUGUAUUCACAAAUAUAACAAAAUCUAUAACUUUUCAUUAUAAUAGAAAGAUAUUGCAUGGUUCAGGGGGAAAAAAAACAAAA